CCAUUCUCGGACACACACCCGGGGUGGUGUGAAAGGACACAGUCACAGCCGCCAGUUUGUGAUCCUGCCUGACUCACACGCAUAGCCUGAGCGCUCCAUAUUGGGUAACUGUCCCAGUGAGGGUAAACAAACGCCAGCUCACACCUAUCAGCUGAAGUGGGAGUAUAGAGUGUACUGCUGCUUUAACACACUGAAAACAUUGAGUAGUAGCCUAGUCAUUCAUUUGUAAUUUGAGGGGAAUUUGGAAUUGGAAUAAUGGCAUUCCGGAAGACCAAAAAAGAACCCAGGAAAGAGUACCUAUCUGUGAAGGACUUGGAAAAGAUUUUGGAUUCUUGCACGUUGCGGUUGACCCAGAUAAAUGAGGUUUGGCCGAACAUAUUCAUAGGAAAUGUGGCAAUAGCCCAAAACAGGAGUACCUUACAGAAGUUAGGCGUCACUCAUGUUUUAAACGCUGCUCAUGCCAAGCCAGGCAGCAUAGGGGACCACAGAUUUUAUGGCAACAGCUUUGUUUAUUAUGGUAUUCCAGCAGAGGACUCGACUCACUUUGAUCUGGAUGUUUACUUCAAGCCCGCAGCUGAUUUCAUUCACAAAGCAUUGAAACAACCAGAUGGGAAGAUUCUCGUCCAUUGCAUUAUGGGUAUGAGCAGAUCGUCUACCUUGGUGUUGGCGUACCUCAUGUUGUAUUGUCACAUCCCCCUCCAUUGUGCUCUUCAGAAAGUAAUCCAGAAAAGAGCUAUUUACCCGAACAGGAACUUCCUGGCUCUGCUGCUGGACCUAGAUCUUCAGCUGAAGAGAAAACAGAAAACGUGGAAAAGCUGUCUGAUUCUGUAGAGAUCAGAACACAGCAAAACAGACCUUAUCCUCACAAGUUAAUAUUUGUAUCAGUGCACAACGAAGAAGCUUGAAAAGAGGAAGUUGAUUUUCAAAUCAAGUGGGAAUGAAUCUGUCAAAUCCCUUUCUAGUGCACAAACUACCUAAAACAAACAAGUAUACCUCACUUACAUACAGUAUGUUGAAUAAAAUAUGUUGCAAAAUUU